AUGGCAUCCGAGACAUCAUCAACUGUGCCAUUCUCGAGCGUCAAAGCUAGACUGAAGGGCUUAUCUGAACUAUUGCCUGAUGACGAUAAAGAUAUCGAAGAAGCGACCAAAACUCUACUGGAACAGCAGAUGCAUGCUUUGAGCGCGACAAUCACCACUAUUUUGGAAGACCCAAAGUCCACCGUCAGAGAUAGAUGUAUUUACCUGAACGAACUAAUGCGAUGCGAAUUUGUUAUUCAGCGUAACGGCUAUGAUGCUAUCAAUGACCUUGGACUAUCAGCAAUUAUCUCUCAUCUCUACCAUUGGCAUAAGUGGUUGGUCAGAAACAACUUUCCAAUCACUUGGUCCAAAGAACAAAAGCAAGUAACUCUUUCUGUGGCUGACUUUUCUGGCGCAAGCAUUCGGUCUAUGAAGCUUGCUGCGAUCAAGUAUGGUCUUCAAGUGCCAUUCCAAAACCCCAGUGGCUCUAUCAAGAGGAAUAUCGAUGAAGUAUCUAGGGAUGCGGAAAUAAUCAAAGCAGAUGACGAUGAUGAGAGUAGCACACGCAACGUUUCCAGCGAUGUUCCAAGCGAUAUUCCUAGCAACAUUCCCGGCAAUGUUCCCAGCGAUAUUCCUAGCGACGUUGCCAGCAGUGUUCCGAGCGAUAUUCCCAGCGAUGUUCCCGGCAGUGUUCCCAGCGAUUUUCCGAGCAAUGCUUCCAGUGAUGUUGCUGAUAAAGUUGAUGGAAAUGCCCCUAUUGAUCCUUUAGAGACUACCCGCUCGCCAAGCGACUCUCGACCUUUACCCCAAGAGCUAACGUCACAUGUCUCAAUACCAAAUGCACCGUUAGCUCCAAGAGUAGGCACAGCCGAAGGCAUGAAUGCUGUUAUUAUCCCGAGAACUUGUUUAUCUGUGGAGAUUGAGAAAAGACUAGCGGCAACUAAUUGGGGAAACGUUCGAACGUCACAAUAUAUCAGAUGCUGGAAGAAAACUCUUUAUGAGACAGCACCUCGACUCUCAGAACUUUUUGUUAUGAGAGAGAGUGGUUCUACGGACGAAGUAGGUGAUUCUCACGUUUGGCAUCCCGUACACAGCGUGGAGAAGAAACCAUACUGUCUCCACCCUCAAAUGUUCUAUGACGAGGUUGUUUCCGAUUUUUUUGAACAGUGGGAAGGACAUGAAGAGGUCGAAAGCUACACCAAGGGGCCUAAAGGAGCCGAUAUGAUGUGGCUCGCUCUUCAAUUUUGGCUCUCUUUUGCGGAUGCCAAUGGGUCAGGUAGCCCACCUCAACGUACCCCAGAAGAACUAGCUUUGAAAGAAGAUCUAGUCCUCGCGGUUGGAAAAUCCCUCGGGGCACCGAGGGAAAAGAUUAGACUCUUCGAAGUCACAUGGGGCACGAAAAUGAGGAGUGAUGACCCAAACAAUAGAAAGAGAAAGCGGGCCCAUGGUUUUGGGGGUGAGAACUAUUUCGCCAAGAAGAUUUGA